GUACUUCUGAUGUAAUGAAAGCUCCGUCCUGACAGCAUUUGUUCACUCGGUGCAGAAAUGCAGGAGCGAGUGAAGCGCCGUGGAGCGGCGGUGCUGCUGACGCUGUGCGCGGUGCUCGAGUGCAUAGAAGCAAAGAAGUACUGCUGGUAUUUUGAAGGAGGAUACCCCAUCUAUUUCAUAUGUCGCUCGUAUGAGGACUGCUGUGGGACUCGCUGCUGCGUCCGAGCGCUUUCCAUCCAGAGACUCUGGUAUUUCUGGCUGCUGCUGAUGAUGGGCGUGUUCUUCUGCUGCGGAGCGGGCUUCUUCAUUCGCCGGAGGAUGUAUCCAUCAGUGCUCAGCGAGGAGCCCGCCUUCAACGUGUCCUUCACCAGACAACCGGUCAGCUCGCCAGUCUCCCAGCAGCCGGGCAUGCAAGGCUACGGUGACCCCUGCGGCGCCAUGACGACGGCCCUGACCCCGGGUCAGACGACCCCAGCACACAUGAUGAGCUCGUACCCGCCGCCGCCCUCCUACUGCAAUCAUCCGCCACCCUCGUACGAACAAGUCUUCAGGAACGCCGAGAAGAAGAGCCACAGCGAAUCCUCGCAGUGAGAGACGCCGCUGACGCUCUCGGGAAACUCUGCUUUUAUUUGCGUGCUUUCAGGAUGCUCUUUCCCAGUUCCCAGUUUGUUUAUCGUUUGAUUGGCGCGCUAUGGAGGGGCAACAAAAAGAACAAAGGUCCGGAUGGGACAGAGCUUUGAAGAAGCUGUCGGGAUGCAAAGCGCAGGAGAUACUGAGAGUCUCGACUCCCUUUCUUUGAGAAGUGGGUCUUGAGGGGCUGGGGUGGACCUUGGAAGGUCGACAAGGUGGAAGCAACCCGCUGAGCUUCUGGAGAACAGGAUGAAUAUCUGUGGAAAACACACGACAUCCAUCCUGAGGCCGACCGCACUUCAGAACCCAGACAGCAGGAGUUUCGUACUGUAGACCGAUUGUGCGUUUUAUCAUACUGCAGCCAGUGAAUAUCAUGCUACCUGAGCCUCUCAAACAUGUGGAAGCCUGUUUAUGCCACUGAAUAACAAUGAAAAAGGUAAU